AUGGACGAUGAUCCAUUUGAUGAUCCUCCUGAUUUAUUAAUUCCUGAUCGAUCACCAGAACCUACAAGAGAACAACUAGAUAGUGGUCGAAUUGGAGCAGAUGAAGAAAUUGAUGAUUUCAAAGGGAGAUCAGCUGAAGAAGUAGAAGAAAUAAAGGCUGAAAAAGAGGCCAAAACUCAAGCUAUUCUACUAGAAAUGGUGGGAGACCUACCUGAUGCAGAUAUUAAACCUCCAGAAAAUGUGCUGUUUGUUUGUAAAUUGAAUCCAGUGACCACAGAUGAAGAUCUGGAGAUAAUAUUCUCAAGAUUUGGGCCAAUAAGAAGUUGUGAAGUUAUCCGGGAUUGGAAGACUGGAGAAUCCCUGUGUUAUGCUUUUAUUGAAUUUGAAAAAGAAGAAGAUUGUGAGAAAGCAUUCUUCAAAAUGGACAAUGUGCUUAUAGAUGACAGAAGAAUACAUGUGGACUUUAGCCAGUCUGUUGCAAAGGUUAAAUGGAAAGGAAAAGGUGGGAAAUACACCAAGAGUGAUUUCAAGGAGUAUGAAAAAGAACAGGAUAAACCAUCUAAUUUGGUUCUGAAAGAUAAAGUAAAGCCCAAACAGGACGCCAAAUACGAACUUGUACUGGAUGAGCAGGCAGAAGACGCGAAGGCGAGUCACUCACACACAAGUAAGAAACACAAGAAGAAGACCCGCCACUGCUCUGAAGAAAAAGAAGAUGAGGACUACAUGCCAAUCAAAAGUACCAACCAGGAUAUCUACAGGGAAAUGGGCUUUGGUCACUAUGAAGAAGAAGAAAGUUGUUGGGAGAAGCAGAAGAGUGAAAAGAGGGACCGACCUCAGGACCGAAGUCGUAGCCGAUCUCAAGAAAGGGAUGGCCACUAUAGUAACAGUCACAAAUCCAAAUACCAGGCAGAUCCCUAUGAAAGAGAAAGGAGUAAAAAGAGAGACCGAAGCAGGAGUCCCAGGAAAUCCAAAGAUAAAGAAAAAUCCAAGUACAGAUGAAAGUGGAUCAAUCAGACAUGAGUGCUAAUAUAUUUACUCUUGUAUAACUUGGAGUACCAGAUGUUCAGAUUUCGUGUCAGAGCAGUUAAAGACUCUGCUUGUUAUUUUUUUUUCACAGUAGGAUUAUGGCCCUUUUAGAUUAACACUGAUUUUGUAGGGCGCUGAAGGACAAUAAAGAAUUGAACAUUUUCUUUGUAUACUUUUUUACACUAAUUUUAUGUUAUACAUAAAUCAGUAGUUUUCAUUUUUAAAGUCUUUCAUAUUUUCAGUCCUUAUUUUUAAUGAAGUAUUUCAUACCUGCAAAAAUACACAAUCAUGUAUAUAUAAGGUAUAAAG